CCAAAGACUAUGAACUAGAGAGGAGUAGCAUAGACGUUGGGGAGAUCAUUGGUGAGGGGCAGUUUGGUGAUGUGCCAUACCUAUGUACAGAGCCCGUGACGGUUCCAAUGUUCCAGUGGCCAUCAAAACAUGCAAGGUGGAGUCCGAGGGAACAAUGGCUGAAAAGUUCUUGGAGGAAGCCUGUGAGUUAUAUUAUGCAACAGUUUGACCAUCCAUACAUUAUCAAGCUCAUAGGUAUAUGCUCAGACUCUCCCAUUUGGAUAGUAAUGGAACUUGCCCGAUACGGAGAGAUGCGAGCGUAUUUACAAAACAACAAGGAUAGAUUAAGUCUGGCCACCCUAGUCCAAUAUGCCUUUCAGCUCACAGCUCUCUCGUACUUAGAGAGCAAGAAAUUUGUACACAGGGAUAUUGCCGCCCGAAACGUAUUAGUUUACUCCCAUGAUUGUGUUAAGCUGGCAGACUUUGGUCUGUCUCGGUGGGUUGAGGAACAGAGCUACUACAAGGCCAGCAAAGGGAAGCUACCCAUCAAAUGGAUGGCUCCUGAGUCAAUAAACUUUAGGAGAUUUACCAGCUACAGUGAUGUUUGGAUGUUUGGUGUAUGUAUGUGGGAGAUUUUGAUGCUGGGAGUCAAACCGUUCCAAGGAGUCAAGAAUAAUGAUGUAAUCAAGCGAAUUGAGAAUGGCGAGAGAUUAGCUCUCCCUCCCAACUGCCCUCCCCGACUCUACUCCCUGAUGUCUAACUGUUGGAUGUAUGAGCCCAUGAAGAGACCGACGUUUAAACACAUCAAAGAAGACUUAAGUGAGAUUCUCAGAGAAGAGAGAGCGCAGCAACACGAAACCAUGAGAAGAGAAAACAGACGAGUUCAAGGCAUGUCUUGGGGUUCUGAUGAACCUCCACCCAAACCAUCGCGAGUCCCAAUGACGUCUGGUGGCCGUGGACACACCGCCACACCUCCCCCACCUUCUGGUUCAGGCCUUGGCUCCCCACCUCUCUACGCUCCCUCGCAGGUCAGUAGCAGUGGCCCAACCACCUACAUCGUCGCCCAGAACCCUGAAGUGCUCAGUCAGCUGAUGCGAGACAACCACAACCGGGCAGCCAACGCUCCCGGCUCCUACAACUCCCCAGCCUCAGUGCUCAACACCCUCCCCGUCGACUUCCUUACAUCCCCUCGUUCCCCUCCUGCUACAGGCUCAUCCCAGUCUAAUCCUCAUUCCCCCUUUUCCACCCUCUCACAUCCCCACUCCUCCCAUUCGCUGCCACCCCAUCACAGUGGAGGAGGCAGCGGAGGUGGCCAGUAUUCCCCACACUCCACCCUGUCAGCCCCACACUCCCCCCUGGGCUCUCCCGUGGGUGCCUCAGCACGUCGGCGUGGAGGCCGGGGGAGCACCUUAGAGCGGGGGGCCUCAGCGGCCUCAGCAGGGGGAGGAGGCUGGGGAGGAGCCAGCUCAGGCGGUUCGGUGGUUCUCCUUCGCCCGUACCCUUCUCGCCACCAUCUACGCUACGGGAGACAUGAUGAGCGGUGCAGAAGUUUAGGGGAUCUUCUGCUUUGGGGGAGCUGUGACUCGGCUGAUGUUGCUGAUAGCGCACAGCUCUUGGAGCAGAGAUUACGGCAACAGCAAAAACAGACAGAGGAAGACAACCGAUGGCUCGCUCACGAGGAAAACAAUAUGCGUAAACGCAUGUCCUUCGCCACAAGUGCAUCAGACAAGUCUGACUCUGACAGCGAGUCCCCAGUAACACAUCAUCCUCCUUCCUCACCUUCACCUGCCCAGUCAGAAGAGAUCCGGGAGAGAUCAGCAACUCCUCUCUCAAAUGGAUCAGGUUCUGCCGUAGAAGAGCCAAAGAUUGUUGUAAAGCAAGUAGAACCAACCCCAACAGCUGAUCUAGACCGUAGUAAUGACAAGGUGUAUGAAUCCACAAUUCACGUUGUGAAGGCAAUAACUGCUCUCACUCAUGAUGUGAAGGAAGGACAAGCACACGUCUACCUGGACCAUGUAAAGAAGGUUGGUCAUGAACUUAGGGAUCUGCUGGCAACAGUGGACACUCUCAUGACAGCCAUCCCUCCCUCAUCACACAGAGAGGUUGAAUUGGCUCAUAAGGUGCUAUCCAAAGACAUGACAGAUCUGGUACAAGCAUACAAACUAGCCCAAAAGUAUGGCAGCACAACACUGGAUGAAGAAUACCGAAAGCGAAUGUUGUCCGCUGCUCAUGUCUUAGCCAUGGAUUCCAAGAACUUGCUGGACGUCAUAGAUGGUGUGAGAAUUAGACAUGGCCUAGCUACCUACCUGCCUUCAAAACAUUCCGCUGUGUGAUCUUAUCCAUGGCAGUCAACACCUGAACUCGCCUUGAAUGCAUGAUGGAUAACUGUUGAAGAGCCCACAAAUGACAAAGCAGUUCAUAUGCGAAUAUGAGAUGUAUAUCUGGUAUUCACUCUUUUCUUAUUUGUGUGUUUGAUUACUGGAACCAUCAUCAGGAAGCUUUGACCAAGUAAAAUGCUUGCUGGGAAAGCAUUCAUGAAAUCCAAAGACUAUACUUUUUUUUUUUCUUUUCUUUUCUUUUUUUAAGCACUGUUACAAGUGAAAAAGGAAACCAAGGUGGGAAUCGGUGUUUUCUGAUCUCCAUUGAUGAUUACACUGAAACUAGAGUGCAUUUUCUCUUAAGAUGUCUGUGGAGCAGAUGAAGGCCCCAACCCCUUUUAUUACUUAGGUUGGGUGUGUAUAUUAUAGUCAGUACCACUAGACCUUUGUGUGAUUGCUACCGUUAUCUGGAGGUGAUGACCCAGGUUGUUGUCCGCAGGGUAUUUCUAUUCCAUAAGACUCAUCACAAAUGGGUGUCUGAUGUAAGAUAAUGAGAAACUACUGCUGGAAGUGCUCCCCUGGUGUAUGUAUAUGACAUUCAAUUAAUUAAAUCUCAUGUAUAUUAUAACAACAAUACUAGAUAACAUGUCUUCUUAUCUGUCUUAGGCAGAAUUCAUAAAUGAUUCAUGUUCAUUUUUGCUUCCUUUUUGGGUAGCAGGUAGGCUUUUCCGAUGGCAACUAUAUGCCAGUAACUUCAGUUGUCAGUCGUAAAAAAUGAUUAAUAGUAAUAGAGAAAAUAUUCCCCCCCCCCCCCCAACAAUACCACCACUACCCCAAGAAAAUCAAAUAAAAGCAAUCAAACUUGUACUUCCAAGACAACUUUUAAGGUAUUUUCAUAUGGAACUUCAGGGGCAAAAGUUUUUAAAAAGUGGUCACCAAUCAUUUAUGAAUGUCCCAUGUUGAUGGCAUGUCUUUUGUGUCAAAGCUUGCUGCUCUUUAGUCAUGAAGAUCCUAAGACACCAGAUUCUCUAGGGUCAUUGAUUUAGCUGUAGUAGAAUCGCCUUUUGUUACUCAGAGGAGAAAAGUGAUCAAGACUUGCUUUAAUUCCAGUGUGAAGUUCUUUGGACAUUUUUUUUUUUGCUCCAAUGAGGGAAAUGCGCUUCUCGUGUUAUUUUUUUUUUUGUGGCAGAGUUGCAAGCUCUUGUAUGUACUCUUUACUCACUGUCUGAUAUAUAUAUAUGAAUAUGUACUAUAUGAUUUUUGUGGUGUAAAUAUUAAUCUAGUUCACUGCGUGUAAUUAUUUAAUUUGACGGUCUCAAAUGAAUAAAGAAUAUUGACCCAG